GAUUACCUGCCGUGUAGAAUUUAGAACGUUGUAGUGAUUUUAAAUCACAAACUAAUAACAUCAUAUUAGUCUGUGACUAAUAAGAAGUACUAUAAAAACAAAUAAAAAAUUUUUGCAGCUAGGUAUAGAUUAUAGCCAGUAAAUUCAUACUCUGAUUUUCACGUCACGUAUAUAACAAACUACGAACUAUUUAUUUCGGAAGUACAAACGUAAUUAUUUUGUAUUAUUCAUGUUGCUUGUAACAUGUGUCACUAUUUUGAAAAGAAGUCUAGUGAGAGGAAAUUUCAUUAGCUCUAUUCAGACUUGCAAACAUUCACAAGAUUCCAAGACAGGAAUUGAUGCAGAAUCUGAAAAAAGAGAGUCUAGGCGUCUGGCUGAAUUUCGUAAGAAACUUAGAGAAACCACUCCUAUUAAAGAUCUUGGUGAACAACCAUUAACACACGAGGAAAAUGCAUUACCGGCAUGGCCUAAUGAUACUAAUCCUCAUACAGGAGAAGUAGGUGGACCUAGAGGUCCAGAACCAACUCGAUAUGGUGAUUGGGAAAGAAAAGGGAGAGUAUCAGAUUUUUGAUGAUUAAUUAAGUAUUAAAACAAUGUAAUAAAAUUAGGCAAAUUUUAAAUGCAUUAGUUAAUGCAAAUGCAUAAAUUAAAACAGUAUAGUUAC